UUCUCCUUUCUGUUUUGGCGGGCGGGCGGGCGGGAGUCUCCCUGCCAUGACUGCGCCGAGGGAGCCUGAGCGAACAUGAGCCGCCGCGGCGAGGGCGAAUUCCUGAACUGCCGCCUUUCUCCCCCCGCCGCCGCCGCGACCAUGAGGGGGCUGGCGCUGCUCGCGUUGCCUCUCUUGCUGUGCCUGGGCGAGGUAGCAGUUGCUGCUGAAUGUGUUAAUGAAUGUGGAUCUGUAAAUGUAACCGUAUCAGAAACAGAAAUACAUAUCCAGCCACCUGACAACCAUACAAUAAAUAAUGUAACUUUUGCAAAUGGAACACGUGCUGGAGUGCAACUAUCGAAUACGACGGUAUCUGGACUUCAACCUGGCACGCAGUACGAAGUGACUUUUGAGAUUUCUACCAAUAAGUCAUGCUGCAAAAUCAUUACAACAAAACCCAGCCCAGUUUCUGACAUCAGCCUUGAAAACCGCAGUAAUUCAACAGUAACUUUAAAGUGGAGCAAUCGCGACCCAAAUGCUUCCAACUACACUUAUCGGAUACUAAUAGAAGGAACUGAUCCUCCCAGGAAUAAAACUUCAGACACCACCAAUGCAGAAAUUGGGGACUUGAAACCUGGAACAUUGUAUACAUUCACAAUAUUUCCACAAGUCGAUAAUGGUGCAGUUGAAGGAGAACCAAAUCAUACAACUGUUUAUACCAGGCCCAAUCCAGUUUUUGGCAUCCAGGUUGAAAGCCGCAGUGACACAGGAGUAACUUUAAAGUGGAACAACCCAGAUGAUUCCAACUACACUUAUAGGAUACUAAUAGAAGGAACUGAUUCUCCCAGGGAUAAAUCUUCUGACACCAACAGUGCAGUAAUUGAGGGCCUGGAACCUGGAACAUUGUAUACAUUCAGAAUAUACUCACAAGUCGAUAAUGGUACAGUUGAAGGAGAACCAGAUACUACAACUGUUUAUACAAAGCCCAGCCCAGUUUUUGAUAUCAGUCUUGAAAACCGCAGUAGUUCAACAAUAACUUUGAAGUGGAAAAAUAGCGACCCAAAUGCUUCCAACUACACUUAUCGGAUACUAAUAGAAGGAACUGAUCCUCCCAGGAAUAAAACUUCAGACACCACCAGUGCAGAAAUUGGGGACUUGAAACCUGGAACAUUGUACACAUUCACAAUAUUCCCACAAGUUGAUAAUGGUACAAUUGAAGGAGAACCAAAUGCUACAAGUGUUUAUACAAAGCCCAACCCAGUUUUUGAUAUCAGUCUUGAAAACCGCAGUAGUUCAACGAUAACUUUGAAGUGGAAAAAUAGCGACCCAAAUGCUUCCAACUACACUUAUUGGAUACUAAUAGAAGGAACUGAUCCUCCCAGGAAUAAAACUUCAGACACCACCAGUGCAGAAAUUGGGGACUUGGAACCUGGAACAUUGUACACAUUCACAAUAUUUCCACAAGUCAGUAAUGGUGCAGUUGAAGGAGAACCAAAUACUACAAGUGUUUAUACAAAACCCAGCCCGGUUUUUGACAUCAGCCUUGAAAACCGCAGUAAUUCAACAGUAACUUUGAAGUGGAACAACAGCGAUCCAAAUGCAUCUAACUACACUUAUCGGAUACUAAUAGAAGGAACUGAUCCUCCCAGGAGUGAAACUUCUGACACCACCAGUGCAGAAAUUAGGGACUUGGAACCUGGAACAUUGUAUACAUUCACAAUAUUCCCAAGAGUUGAUAAUGGUACAAUUGAAGGAGAACCAAAUGCUACAAGUGUUUAUACCAAGCCCAGUCCUGUCUCUGGCUUCGAUGUUGUUGAUAUUGACACAAUGAACGUAACCUUAAGAUGGGAAGACAACGAUGCUGCUUCUUCAGGGUACACUUACAUAGUAUUGUAUCAACAAAACCAAGUGGAAAUGAAUGCGACAUCACGAAAAAAGAACGUUACCAUUCUAGGACUUUUACCAGGCACCCUCUAUCGCUUUAGUGUAUUUCCACAAGCAGCAGACAACCUCACCAAAGGGGACCCACAAACCACACACAGGUACACAGCUCCUAGCUCAGUCACCAACAUCAGAGUUACAGAUGUCAGUAUAACAACAGUCAACUUAACAUGGGAAAAUCUUGAUGCAGCUUCUUCAGAGUACACCUACAGGAUACAGAUUGGUGGUGAAGCCACUGAGGACAAGAUAUUCCCAACUACAAGUGCUGAAAUUUCAGAGCUAACUCCUGGGACCAAUUAUACAUUCAGCAUUUAUUCAGUAGCAGGGUAUAAUCAAACUGAAGGGAGACCAGGCAGCAUAAAUAACUGUACAGAUGCUGCAAGAGUGGAGGUGUUGAACUGCAUGCAAGUCGCCAAGCAGCCAAAAUUGAUUCUAAACUGGUCUAAUCCAAAGGGGACGUUUGCUGGCUUUGGAGUUGACGUCUUAAAUAGUACUUGGGGCAGCAAAAAUAUAUUGGAAAACCAUACCACAGUAACAGAUUUGAACUACUAUACCAACUACACUGUAAGAAUUGUCACACAUUCGUGUGGGAAAGAUAGCCAUCCUCAGGAAAAAAUAUGUUCCACAAGUAUUGGCGACCCUCCAUCUCCACUUACAGCCCCUACCAUUGUGGGAACCACUCACAACUCCUUGACAGUUCGGUUCAGUAGCUUUAAUGCAAGCCAUGGACCUUUAGUAGCAUAUGCAGUAAUCGUCACAUCAAAAGAUGUAGUCUCUGCAGAGGCCUUGAAAUAUACCUAUGAUGAUUUCAUGAAACGGGGAGCAGAUGCUUACGUUGCAUAUGUCAAAGAUGAGCAAAUGCGUUCCUCUUCCUCCUCCAACAGUGAACAGCAUACUAUUGAAAUAGGAGACGGAUCCGUAACACAUGGUUAUGUCAGUGGGAAGUUAAUCCCACUUAAUUCAUACAGGGUAUAUGUUGCUGGUUUUACUCGCAUUGACUAUUUGAAUGACACCAUCGACGAAAAGGAGAGUUAUGUCUCAUUUUCAAAAAUUUCAGAUGCUGUUGUCUUACCUCAAGAUCCAGAUGUCAUCACAGGAGCUGUUGUUGGAUGCAUUCUGGCUGCUGCUGUUAUUGCUGCAGGGAUUGGUUUUUUCAUCUUCUGGAAAAAGAGAAGGAAAGGUGGAAAAAACAACCAGGUGCCAUUUACCCAAUUAGAACCGAGAAAAUCCAAGUUAUUUAAAGUGGAAGACUUUGAGUCUCAUUUUAAGAAACAGAAAGCUGACUCAAACUGUGGAUUUGCAGAAGAGUAUGAGGAGCUCAGGCCUGUUGGUACAAAUCAGCCCAGAUUUGCAGCUGAACUACAAGAGAACAAAGCAAAAAAUAGAUAUAACAAUGUCUUGCCAUAUGAUAUUUCUCGUGUCAGACUUCAGAUCCAUGACCAUCCAACCAAUGAUUACAUUAAUGCAAACUAUAUGCCGGGUUACAACUCCAAGAAAGAGUUCAUCGCUGCACAAGGCCCUUUGCCCAAUACGGUGCAAGACUUCUGGCGCAUGAUCUGGGAGAAGAAAAUUUAUACCGUUGUUAUGCUGACUAAAUGUAUUGAACAAGGCAGGACAAAAUGUGAGGAAUAUUGGCCAAAUAAACAAUCCAAAAGCUAUGGAGACAUAACAGUAGCCAUGACUUCAGAAAUUCCCCUUCCAGAGUGGACAAUAAGAGAUUUCUCCAUGGAAAAGAGUGAUUCAUCUGAAAGUCACCCCGUGCGACAGUUCCACUUCACAGCCUGGCCAGAUCACGGUGUUCCGGAAACAACCAACCUCCUCAUUAACUUCAGGCACUUAGUACAGGAAUACAUGAAGCAGAACCCUCCAAGUUCUCCUACCUUAGUGCACUGCAGUGCUGGUGUCGGAAGGACGGGGACAUUCAUUGCAAUUGACCAUUUGAUCCAUCAAAUGGAGAUGGAGAACACUGUUGAUGUGUACGGUGUUGUAUAUGAGCUUCGAAUGCAUCGGUCUUUAAUGGUGCAAACAGAGGACCAGUAUGUCUUCCUAAACCAGUGUGUUUUGGACAUUAUCAAAUCCCAGAAAGAUAAGAAAACAGACCUUAUCUAUCAAAACACAAAUGCCAUGGCAAUCUAUGAGAACCUCACACCGUUGCCACAUAUUGGGAAGGCAAAUGGCUACCAUGCAUAACUGCAAGGGAAUGACAAGCCUCCCACUUCUGCCUUUUACAUAAGUGAGGAAAUAUGCACUGUUUUUGUAUGUCUUUCUAUACAGAAACUUUUUCCACUUUUUAAAAAAGAAUAACUGAAGAUGUACACAUUUUUAAAAAUGCCAAUGGGAACUGUAGUUUCUACAAUAGUGUUAAAGGGAAAAUACACUGUAUUUUACAGAUGGAUUUGAAGAAGGUGAAGAAGCAUCACAUGAUUGGUGUAUUAUCACUGAAUAAAUGACGGGAUCCCUUUUUGAACUUCAGAAAUAAUAAAUGACACAGAUACUUAAAAUCAGGUUUGAGGGUCACUGUUCCAGAGAUGUUUGUAUGUAUAUUGGCUUUUCGCCAACAGAAACCUACGUUAUCAGUGACUGCUCAAGUUCUUUUUGUUUUAUUUAAAACGGGAACACAAAAAUUAGCAAAUAGGAUAUUUUAUUAUGUACUUGUGCCUUUUUCUAGCUGUUUUGCUAUAGACAAAAUGAUCAGAGUCCUAUAUUUUUGUAUUGAAAUUCUCGGUUGAAAUAUAACAUUUAAAUAAUAUCAAUAUCAAUUCUCAUUUGGAAUAGCUUUGUUGAUUCUUCCUUCAUGGAGGUGGCAACCCUUUCUUUGUAUUUUACUGCAGUCUGCAGAGACUUUUCGCUAGAGGCAAUUCACUUGAUUGUGUGAGGACUGGAGCAAUUGUGUGACACCUUGGCUGUAUAAAAUUGUAUUAAAUUGUGGAAUGGAGCCUUCUUGUAUGGUUUAGCUGAAACUUGUUUAGCUUUGUAUUCAUGCGUCGAGAUUAGUACUUCCCACUUCUAAAAUCUUUUAAUACCAGUUGUAAGCAUAUUCACGCACUUUCAGUGCUCUUCAGAACCCAUUUGUGCCUUUGUCUGUGCCUGAAACUUCCUUUUCCUUCACCUCACUGUCCAUAGUCCCAUUUUCACUCACUGCCAAUGAAUCUGGUGAGCUGAAGAUGUCAUUGUCUGAUGUCACGAUUCUACUUCUGACAUGCCUGUAAACAUGUGACUCCCUAAACCGAUCUAAGCAUGAGUGAGAAGAAAGGUGGCUGAGGUCAGUGAGGGCAAAGUGAAGGAAAAUGGGGAAGAAAUGAAGUGGCAACUGCCAGUGGAACAAAAGGACAUCAAGCACGUUAAAAAUAAUAAAUAGCAAAUCCUCAAUAUGAGUAUUCCCCCCAAUUGGUUUUGUGGAAUAUGCUAAUUUCAAAGCAAAUAUUGAACAUAGGAGAUGUUUUGCCUAGCUUUUAAUCAUGUAAAUACAAGCCCAUCAAUGUAUUGUGGAAGCAGGAUUGUUAAAGUACACACUGGCUACAUAAACACUUGACAGGGUGGACUGAGCUGCGUGAAGAGGCAGUUGUGUGUCAGGUCCACUAAAUCCAGCAUUACCACACAGGCCCUCAGGUUUCACAGCAGUUUCAGGAGAGUAGUGGUGCUGCCUUCAACGUGUGUAGAUAGGAAGGAGGCAGCUGCUUCUCCGUGUAGUUACAACCCAUCUCACUGGGAACUCAUUGAGUGCCCGCUAUCUAGUUAGCAGUUAAUCCAAAUGUUGCGGUUAUCACUUGAUAGCUUAUCUCCUCAGUUGGUCUUGAGGGAUGGCCUUUAGUGGUGUCAUUCACAGAAGAGGAGGGCUAUGUUUCAAUCUGAGCUUUAACUUGUUUUCUUUGUGUGUUGGUGUUGUAGUAUGUGUCUUUGUCGGUGGGAGGGGGGGGGAAUGAAGGACCCACCCUAUCCAGGUUGAAAUUUUUAUGUUCUCGUAUGUGAUAAGGAUUUAUUUAAAAGUGCAAUAUUUGAUUUACUGAAUGAACGCUUGCCUCUAUUUCCAUAGAGUUUUACUCAGGUUCAGUAUCUCUUCUUAGUUGUUCUGUGGUUUAAUGUUCUUAAAUGUGUCGUUUGUGGAAGACUGAAGAACUCCUAUGGCAGAGUGAUCCCAGGAAGGUCCAUUGACUUUGCUCUGUUUCUAUAAAAAGUAAAUGUUCUAAAGAUCUACUGAUUCUUUCAGCUGCAGAAUAUGUUUUAGCCAGUUAAAACUGAGGUAUAUAUUUUUAAUGUUGUUGUAUCAAAGAUAUAUAAUUGCUCUACCUUUUGGUUUAUUUGUUUGUUUGUAUUAUGCUGCUGUAGUUGUAACGGAUACGAUUAAUGAAAAUUGAAGGGUUCUCCAUUAAAUUAAUUGUGUUGGUACACUGA